AUGGAUAAAAAAGGACAUGAGUUGGAUUUUAAAGUAAGAUAUCCACAACUAGAAAAUUUCCCAGGGGAACUGAAAGCAGGUCUUAAAAGAUACCAUGUCCACAAAAAUGAUUCUUCGCGAGAGCUCUUCUUCAACGUUAACAAACUCACAAGCAAGUACUUGAUUCUCCCAACAGUUCCAAAUCGCCCAAGAAGGAACAGGUCACAGCUCGACUAUGUUUCUCAAAACAUAUCUAUUGACGCAAAGCCUAACUCCCUCCUCCGUAAGCGAACAGAACAAUUAGAAAAAUCCCUAUUUUUUGCCUAAAAACCCACCCUCCGUGAGCGAACAAAAAUUUUGUAUGAAAAAAAUUUGAUAUAAAAUGAUAAUUAUUAUAAACGAAAUCUUAGCUAAUUCUGAUUAAUUUUAAACAGUUUGCGUUUUUAAAAUAUAAAUUUCGCAAAUUAAAUUAAUUUUUGCUUUCUCAAUUUUUACAAAUUGGAAUUUUUUUAAAUUUUGAAAUUUAUAUUUAAAUUUAAAAAAAAACAAAAUUAACCCCCCUCCGUGAGCGGGGAGUAAGCAAGAGGAAUUAAGCACUCUUAAGCAGCAAUUAAAAACCAAAGAUCAAGAAAUUGCUCAUCUCAGAUAUAUGGUUAGGUCAAACCAAGGCUUCAAAAGUGUGGAGCCAGAACAAAAGCAUCAGUCCAAUAAGCUGUCGAACUAUGACCCGAGCAGUUCGUUUCUGCCCUAUUCGAAGUCAAAUGAUAUAAAACGGUCUACAAGUUCGCAUCAAGAUCUUUUUAGAGAUCAGAGACUGACUCCUUUAAGAAAUCGAUUUAUACCAACAGAAAGGAACUCGAAUCCUUUACUUGAGUUCGCGAAUCACCCCGUAUUUAAGCAGCCGUUUUAUUCCAAGAAAAAUCCGAAAAUCGUGCUUAAUGACCCGAUCACCGGCCUUAACAAACCAUCCGGGUUGUCCCUAUCACCAGACAAGCCAAAUAAUCACAGCCUGACGCCUGAUAUAAGGAAAUCAGCUGAUUACUAUAGCAAUUACAUAGGAGAGUCGUUCUCCAGGCCGAAUUUAAACGCAGAAAGGCUCAAUAAAUCAUUUGUAUAA